CUGCCCGUCUCUCGCCCGAGCUUAGUAGGACAGGCUUGCGACUACUCCUCUAAAGGCGCUGCCAGUCCAGUGUUGUGCCACUGUUUCCUGCUCGUCGCCGCUUCCGCAGGCUCCCUGGAAUCCUUACAACCAACCCUGCCGGCAUGUCUCAGGCAGAGUUUGACAAAGCUGCUGAGGAGGUUAAGAACCUCAAGACCAAGCCAUCAGACGAGGAGAUGCUGUUCAUCUAUAGCCACUACAAACAAGCGACUGUGGGUGACAUAAAUACAGAACGGCCUGGGAUGUUGGACUUCAAAGGCAAGGCCAAGUGGGAUGCCUGGAAUGAGCUGAAAGGGACUUCCAAGGAGGGUGCCGUGAAAGCUUACAUCAACAAAGUAGAAGAACUAAAGAAAAAAUAUGGAAUAUAGGACUGGAUUAGGCUGCUAGCCAUGCAUUUCAUCUAAACUGAUAUCAUGCCUUGUUUUUCUAUUUCUGCGGAUGAAGUGAAGUAAUGAAAAUAACCAGUCAACCCUCUUCCUCAGCACUGUCCAGAGUAUAACUCGAACAGAUUAGGAACUAAAAUGGUUAUAGACCUUGCUGAGUAGUUUUUAUCUGUAGAUCAAUUAAAAGUACAUUUGUUACUUUAA